ACAUAUUUGAUGUUUCUUGAAAAUUAAGAGGUACACCGUUAGAACAUCUUGUACAAUUUUAUUAAGCAAACAACGAAAACGUCUAUACGCUCCUAUUAGUAAAACAUCUACAUGCUCCUUUCAUUGUAACUUACUGUAGAAAACCCUAAUAUCAUUUACAAACCAUGGGUCGCUAUUUCUUCCACCUUCCGUCUCUGUACUUGCUCUGUUCAAUCUCCAACAGGCCUCCGUUACCACCACCCUACUGAUGUUUUCACUACAACCUAGAAGUAGGUCACCGACCACCCAAAUGUUCUUCUCUCUCAACUGGAUGAUCGACGCCCUUGAAGUCCACAUUUGUCGUUACCGCCAUUUGCCACCCCAGUCUCUACCCUGGCACCAUUAUUCCAGUGACGAACCACAUAAAAAAAAAGGAAUUUUGGUAUCUCAACCCUCAAGUGCUUCUUCUUUAUUUUCCAUUAGUCUCAAUUGCGAUUUCUUUGUUUUUGUUAUGUUGUUCCAACUUAUCAGAUUACCCGACAAUGGUAACACUGAUCAAAUUGCUUAUGUUAAUUCUAGCUUUUCAGGUUGCUAUAAAAUUCAUAAAACAAUAUCAUCACAUGGGUACUGUCUUAAAGGGGUUGGGAUAGGAAGAAGUGAGAUAUAUAUACACUUUAGGCAUAUCAUCUGUCGCCAUCAAAACUUUUAUCUCCUUCUCCAGAUAUAUCACUCACUAUUUGGUUGAUAUGCCUGGAGAGGGCAUAGGGAAGAGACCAACAGCAUGAUGACAUUUUUUUGACUAUUUUACCCUUGUAUUUAAAUUACUUAUUGUUCUAUCUUUAUCUUUGUUGGUAAUGUUUUUUCAUGUGUAGUGACGAAUACAUGAGGGACACGGGUUAUAUGAGCUAAACUCGGAACAGGAUAGGUUUUUGGUGACUAAAAAACGACAUAUAUGUAACUAGGCUAAGAAUAUUUUUUCCAUAGAGUCAAGUUAUGUUAUUGGUCCAUAGAUAUUCAAAGUUUGACUAAAGGUCAAGUUGAGCUGCAUUUGGUGAACCAAAAACCACACAAAUACGGUUAAUGUAGUUGUAGUGUAUGUAAUGUACAAUUUACUUUGUGGUUUAAAGCAAGAAAUAGCAAUGUGCUCUCUGGUGAAAGUAAGAAACAACAAUGUACUAUAUGGUCUAACCUAGACAUAGGAAUGUACUUUUUGUUUAUGUACCCUGCUAUGUAUUUAUUUUAUCAAGUAUAAUUUUACAUUAAAUGCUAG